AUGGGAUCAUGUGCGUCAAUGAAAUAAAAAAAAAUAGAUGGAAAUAUUUAAAUUGCAGCAUAUAAGUGAAUAUAUGUUAUAAUUACAGAGUUUGCAUAACUGCUUUCAUCUGGAAUAAAGAAAGUCAUAACUUAUUCGAUUUUGAGAGUCACCAAGCAUGUCGAAAAGAGCUGGAACUAGAUUUCUCAGGUAACCAAGUUGUUCAAUAUGAAUUAGCAACACUUUCUAUGGUCGAUAAUUAAAUUAUAGCAUUAAGUGAAAAUGUAAAUUUAUUAUCACAUUUUAUGAAGGAAUAUGUUAAAAAACAGGUUCAGCUCCUUAAAGUUGAUUGCGAAUAAGAUUACGUGACUCUGUCAGGAAUGAGUUAGAAAUCAGAUUAAAGAGUGUGGGCUAUACUAUGCAGAAGACCAGAAUUUGAGUCAUUGAAUGUAUAAAUAUAAAUGAAAACAAAAAGGAAUGGGAAUUAUAAACAGGAGAUAUCAUAAAAUUAGGAAGGAUGAAAUUACAAUUACUCGAUUUUAAUUAUGAUUUAGAUGCAUUGCAAUAAUAAAAAGACUAAACUGAUAUCAACGAUGAAGAAAUAUAGUCCCAAGAUCUAGAUCCAGAUGGUUGUUAAUGUAGAAUUUGUUUUUAAAAAAAUGCAACAGUUUCAAAUCCUCUUUUUAGUCCUUGCAAAUGUAAAUUAAUUUAACUUAAAUUACAGGUAUCGGUUCCAUGAAAUAUGUUCAUCUUCAUUGUUUAUAAGUUUGGAUUUAGUAAUCAAUUAAAGUUAAAAAUCAGUAAUCUUCAACCUAAUACAUCUGGAAGAAAAUGGAAUGUGAAAUUUGCAAAAUGCCAUUGAAAAGCACAUAUACUUACUAAAGAUAGAUCUUCUGUAUUAUGCAAAUUCAAAAGCCUACAGUGCCUUAUAUGAUUUGGAAAAUUACUUCUGAUGACAAAUCUAAGGAGGGAAUCAUUUAGGUGAUGGAACUCUAAGAUAAAGCAGAGAUCAAAAUUGGAAGAAUACCUGACUGUGAUAUCAAACUUAAAGAUAUUUCAGUGUCCAGAAGUCAUGCCUUAAUCAAAGUUAUCAAAUAAGAAGAUAAUCACUUCAAACUUAUUCUAUAAGAUAAUAAUUCCAAAUUUGGAACUCUUUUAUAUGCCUAGUCUGAUAAAUUACUCAAGUAUAAUUUGCCAUCAUUGCAAAAAGUGCUUUACUAGAUUGGAAGAGUCUUAUUGUACAUUCAAUUUAAGGAUAAAGGCAAGUCCUACAAUAAACAGUAAAUCUCCAUUUCAUUAACUUAGAUUCACUUGUUACAAACACCCUGAUAAAAUUGUAGUCCAAACAAAAAUAAAUCAAAAUGAAUAAGCCACAAUCAUACCGAAUGUUGAAAAAGAUAAAGAUAAUCAACUAUCAUUUUAAACUAAUAAUGAAUUACAUUAAGAAGAUAUCGUAAUUAAUGUAAAAUAAAUAUGAAU